UUAUCAGAAGGCCGACUGUUGGCCUGUGUAUUACUUCUUCUUGUAAUGGUUAUCCUUCUCGUCGUCGUAAGAGCCUGGAUGUUCCUCAACCAAGAUACAGAAUACAUCCACCAUCAAAUCCCAUCGACGACGUCAAAGGUCACACAUGGCACAUCCACCACAACACAGGAUACAACGACGCCAAAGCUUGCACAGAGCACAACCACCACAACAACUACGAGGGGUCCUCUGACCGACGAAGAACUGACUGAACUGGCAGAAACACGUCCCAUCACAGUCCUCUUCGUCGGUGAUCGCAGCUACAGCACGAUAUCGAAGGAACAAUUUAUGAUAUAUGCACAAAGCCAGCUUAAUCUGAUGAAUGCAGCCUUUGCAGAAAAUAACAUCAAGAUGAAGAUGAAAGUUUACGACACCUAUGUGAUGAAUGAGGAACAGGACAGGACCCACCUCCUGGAAAUUCCUGGUAGACAGCUUCCGUCAAUUAACACAGAUAAAUGCCAUGAGACACUUAAGGGAAAACUUGUUGAGUACCCUGGGACCAACGAGUCCGACAUCGUCUUCGUAGUAACGAGAAAGAUUCUCAGCGACGAAAGUAAGAGGUAUUAUUGGAGCAAACGCAACACAGGAACAGGACCCUGUGGAGGACGCUUGCAGCCCGACAUCUACUACGACCCUCCCUUUUCAUACCACGCUAUUCAACAAUCUAUGUGGAGCAACAACGUGUUGAGGAUAGCGAAGACGGGUGGAUGUGAUGCCGGCCACCUUGAUCCGUGCUACCAAGAUCUCAUCCCUAGAUAUAAGGACGACUUGAAUAAAAGCCUAUGCCACACAACGGCAGACACGCAAACGGCGCCUAUAUUUUCAGGAGCAGUGGGAUUCGACGUAGAUAAAUUCUGUGAGGCGAAGGCUGCCCUGCAAGGAAAAAAAGCUGGCAGAGGCUCCACAGUGACCGAAUCGUGCACCACGUCGUGUGGGUUUCCGGACUACGCGUAUCAAAUCCUCUUCCUUGGUUCAUGCAAGGCGCCGCAGACAUCCGCAUGCUUCGACGACGACUAUGAGGUACGCCAUGACCAGAUGGAUGGACAGAAAGCACCACAAUCUUUCGUGAAAACUGGCUGCACCAUUCGGCAUUUCGUCAAACACUCUUCAAUGCUGUAUGGUGGCACUAUAGGACAUUGA